UUUGUCCACUUGGCCUUGGUGCUUUUCUUCCGUGGUCACCCACUAUCGCGCUCUUGGUUGGACAGCGCCGUUGUCGGCAUUGAGUGUAUCCAUCCACGCUAAUAAUGAUAGCAGAACCUCCAACCUCUCGUGACUCUCCAUCGAUCUCUUGGUAUUCCUAUGCUAUAUUUGCCCGCAUGUCGCUCGUACUGCAGCUCCGUAACUCAUGCUAUCGUUGUUCAUCCAGUACUGCAUCUAUAAGCCGCAAGUAAGCACGACACCGUCGUUGUGACAAUGCUUACCCUCAAACCCACUCUUCUAUCCCUCGGCUUCAUUGCCAGGCUCGCCAUGUCCCAGAGUCAUGGUGAGGAAGCCUCCCAAGAAAUGGGUCCCGUCGCUAUCAUGUGGCCACCGGACCGUCUAUGGGGUGCUGACUUCGAUAACCACGCUCCCUGCGGCUCUGCAGAAGGUGUUGGAAACCGAACAGAAUUCCCUCUGCUCAAUGGUGUGGUAUCGUUAGUCGCACAAGACGAGUCGUGGCAGAUUGCGGUGGCAAUCUCAUACGCUGAGCAUCCUUCAUCCAACGAUGAUUUCGAGGAGAUCAUCGAAGCACACAGAAUCCCUUCAUUGAACUCGGGGCACGAGUGUUAUCCAGUCCCCAACCCAGGGCCUGAUGUUGAACCUGGAACCAAUGCCACACUGCAAAUCAAAUAUACUUCGGACUUUGGCACAGAUCUCAAUGAGACCUUUUACGCAUGCUCAGAUAUCACUUACGUUGCGACAAGCCAGUUCACCACUCAAGUUCCCUGUUUCAACGCCACUGUUGAUGAUUUCACCAUCUCAGAUGGCGCAGAUAACUCUACUUCCACUGGAACAGGCUCUGGAGCUUCCGCCACAUCAGGCAGUGUCACCGCCUCUUCAUCUGGUGGCGGUCUUUCCGGGGGCGCUAUCGCCGGUAUCGUCGUCGGCGUCGUUGUUGGUGUAGGAGCCUUUGUUGGACUGCUUGUCUUCGCAUGGAGCCGCAACCAGCAAAAUAAACGUCUCCGCGAACAGCAAAACAAUGUCCGUGGCGUCAAGUGGCAGGAUGCUGCUCGAGGUUCUGCAUCCGAGUCUUCUAACCGAGACAUUCCUCUCCGGGACGUCUAGGUGACAAGUAGGAUCAGGAAGAUUAUGAUGUCUGAUAGAAUUCAUCACUCCGCAACAUCCGAACAGUGAUGACGGCGGAUGUCGGACAUCAAUCAGACCAACAGGAACUUUUAAUGCCAACAAGGGACAGAUGGCCAUGAACCCUUUUGUAUGUGGAUAGGAGCAAUGAAAGCCACGAAGCCAACGACAAUUCUCCUAUGAAUUCAGGGAAGCGGCAGGUUGACUUUGGGUGCGUAAGUCUUUCCCUAAAGACUCGGUUUAUAUAGCCUGAAAAGAAUGAAAUACGAAUAAAUCAAAGAUGUUAAGUCGAGAA